UUCCGCCUCCCGUCGCCAUGGAGACGGAAUCCUGCGUCACGUGACAGUUUCAGGCUGUUUUCGUUUGCUGAAGUUUCCUCAGAUCUUCAGAGAUUCUGCGAUGUUUUCAUGAGCAAAGAGUUUCGGGAUGGUCAGGAAAGGCGGCGCUGUGCGGCGUUCAUCGAAGCAUGGCUCUCACAUCUCCGCUCUCAAGCGUCUCUCUCUGCUGGAUCCGGCCACUGCAGAACCUCCUCCGCUCCAGACCGAUCCGUCCGCUCCAGACGAGAGUACCACCUGCCCGGACCAGGUGUACCUGCACGCCGCUGCCAUCUUUCAGAGCACACACCUGGAGAAACCCGCCGCUCAGAGGCUCAUCAGCUACGGCAGCAGGUCAGAGGUCAGCGUGCCUGCGGUCAGAGCCGAGGCGUCACAACGAUUAGCGUUCCAGCUCGCCUUCAACACGCUCAAAUAUCAGGAGCUUCUGGAGGACGUCCUGAUUGACAGCUGCUUCUGUGUCUCACAGCCAAUGCUGGACGGCAGGAUGAGUCUGGUGGCCGUCAUGCUCACUGACUUAAUGGACAGGAAGUUCCUCCCACGCAUGCAACCGGCCAAUCAGGCGGAGGAGGAGGUGAAGGCUGUCAGAGAGGUGGAGGCGUGUCUGCUCAGGUUCAGGACUAAACUCGUGGCGUCAUUGGCUCGAUGUCGGAUCAAACACGACCUGCUGAUGCUGGAAAACAUCCUGCCGGAGAACAUCCGGCACAGACAGGAGCGAGCGACGCAGCUGCCGCUGUACGCGUGGAUCAACACGCUCCGCAGCAGUUUUGAGGAGGUCAGUGAAGUGUUACGCACAUUAGGGUUUUCCUGCGUUAAAUCUGUCGGACAGCUGGAAGGACGAACCUUCUGUAGAGACGCACACUGCCACGACCUGCUGGUGUUUCCCAACAGCGUGAAGAGAGAUCUGACCGACACCAGAUUACUGAGCGACCACAGACUCGUCAUUCAGGAUAAGUCGUGUUGCGUGGGCCCCUGGGCGCUGCGGCCCCUGCUGGCUGAAGGAGGAGAUGUCCUCAUGACCGGAUGUUUCUCUGCUCAGACCGUUGCGCACGUGGCUGCGGUGGCUGCGUCUGCAUCUGCGCACACACAUGCUGAAACACACACUCUGUCGCAGUCAAACACUCGCGGUCAGAGCACAGUGAUCGUGUGUUUGGGAGAUGAACCGCCGUCACAGACAGAUGAACUACAGAACACACUCUUCAAACUGGGCUGCAAGAAUGUGAAGCUGCUCUCAGUCUCUCUGGAGUCUCUGGACGUGUCUGACACGCGUCUGCAGGAGGUUCGUGUGAUGGUUGUGAUGCCGGCGUGUUCCCUGUCUGCCGUCAGCAACCCUGUGGAUUACAUCAUGCAGGAGAACAGAGACCCGCGGCUCAUGCUGGAUCUGUCACAUGGUUCCGUCUCUCCAGAGAAGCUCCAGACGCUCGUGUGCCGACAGAGGAAAGACCUGCAGCGCGUCGUCCAGUUUCCUCAGGUGCGGGCGGUGCUUUACUCCACCUGUUCUGUUCACCCAGAGGAGAAUGAGGAGGUGCUGAAGACGAUCCUCUCACAAACACAGGAGAUUCACUCCACAGCGCCGCCCUACAGGUUGAGUUCUCCAGGUCUCCUGCAGGAUGAGGACGGGUCACAGGAGAUGAAGGCCAGCUUCUUCAGACUGGAAGCAUCAGAUCAUCACAAUGGCUGUUUCGUAGCUCUGCUCACACGACAGCCUGAACCAGAAGUGAUAGAAACGCCACAGGAAGUGCUCGCUCGCGCAGCGGCCAAAGGCUUGUUAGACGGCCUCCACCCAAACCAGCCAAUCAAGAAAGAAGGCCGAGGCCGGCGGUCCCGCAGAGCACCUGCCAAUCAAGCGCGCUCCAUGAAGACACGCCCACACGCCACACAGAGCGACCAAUCACGUGUAGCGGAAUUCUUGAGCCACGAAAUGAAAGGAAGCAGCUCGGCUCCGACAGUUUGUCAUCAGAGCGAAAAACCCUGUAGUUCUCGACGUCUCUCUCAGGGCAUGUUCUCCAGGACAGGCUCCACCCCUAACACCACAGGCUCCACCUCUAAAACCUCAGGUCCCACCCCUAACACCACAGGCUCCACCUCUUAUAAUGCAGGCUCCACCCCUAACACCACAGGCUCCGCCUCUUAUAAUGCAGGCUCCAGCCCUAACGCAACAGGCUCCACCUCUUAUAACACAGGCUCCACCUCUUAUAACACAGGCUCCACCCCUAACACCACAGGCUCCACCUCUUAUAAUGCAGGCUCCACCCCUAACAGAACAGGCUCCACCUCUUAUAACACAGGCUCCACCCCUAACACCACAUGCCCCACCUCUUAUAAUGCAGGCUCCACCCUUAACACCACAGGCUCCGCCCCUAACCCCACCUCUUUCUCCAGUUUAUACUCUAACAGUUUGACUGGUUUGAACGCGGCUGCAGUAUCUGCAAAUAACAUUCACUCCUCUGCGCUGAUCGCUCCACCUAAAGGCCGACAUGAAGUGCUGCGGCCGGCGACUGUCACGUUUCCGUCUGCUCUGUUGUCAAGCGACGGUCUUCUUUCACAGAGGCGGAGCCACACCCUUACAAACCCCGCCCACACCCAUCUGCGGUGGAGUAACUCGACACCGGCUCUCCCUCGAAGCCAAACGGCGUUCAGAGCGAGACUGAAUCAUCUGCGGCCGUGGUUCUGACCGACGCAUUAGUGCGGCUACCGUCAGUAUUUUACUCUCAUCUCAGUAUUUAAGACCUUUAAUCUUUAUUAGACAUCCCAUCUAACUCAUUAUUAUUACUAAACUUUACUCUUUAAAUGUCACUGCCAUAAAAACAAGCAUAUUUUCCAAUGUCAUUUGGAACAUGCAUGCAAAUAAAACAAGGACAGACGCUUU